AUGAAACACUAUUUUGGGUGUAUAAUUAUUUUACUUCUGUUAACUAUUACAAAUAUAGUAAGUAUUAUUUUAAAAAAAGAUUCACUUUCAGUACUACUUUUACCUUCAAGUGGUUGUUAUAGUCAUGAUGUUAUGAUGAGACAAUUUGGAGAAAAUAUUAAUAAUAAUGAAUCAGUUUAUUGGUUUCAAUUAUUAAUUUAUGAUUUUUCUAUAAAUAAAAAACCAUUUCCAAAAAAUUGGAUACCAUUAAUAUUUAAUAGGACAACAGUCCAAAAUCAGGCAAUAAUAUCAAGUGGUAUCUCAUUAUUUUGGGAAAUGAAUAUUCCUUUUGAUUUGACAAGGCCGUGGGACUUAAGAGAUCAUUUGUUACAAGAAUGUCUUACAUCACUAUUUUCAAAAAUGAAUACACCAACAAUACAAUUUUCUAAUUGGCCCCUGUCUGAUGGAUAUAUUUCAUCACUUAAUAUACCUGCAAUGCCUUCCUCUGUACCAAAGACUGGUACAUUAUUUUCAGGAAAAAAAAUGUCAUUUUUAGAAAGAAACAUGAAUUUUAUAUUUAAUCUAGUAAUUAUUUUUACCAGGACACUUCAAAGUUUAUCAAUGUUAUUUGAUUUUAAUUGUAAUUUAUUUGAAAUUGAGGCAAAACAUUUAUUUUAUGUAAGUAGAAGUGAAAUGAUUAUUGAACCAAUAAGACCAAUUAAUAAUAGGAUAAAAUAUUUUGGCGGUAAUCAUAAUAAAGAUAAAUAUGAUUAUAUAAAUGAAAUAGAAAAAUUAAAAAAUUUAAAUGUGACAGGUGAUGUCUUAUGGAAUGAUUUAGAUAAUAAUAAAUUUAUACUAGUAACAUUUGGAAGUAUUUCAAAUGUUAAAAAUAUGCCAAUUCAUUUACUUAAAAUAUUUUUAAAUACAUUUAAAAAUUGUAAAUAUAUUGUUAUAUGGCAAUCAAAUACCAAUCAUCAUGAAAUAACUUCAUUAACAAAUAUAAAAAUACCAUCAAAUGUUAAAAUAGUUAAAUGGAUUCCAUUAACAUUACUAUUUAAUCAUAGAAAUUUAAAAUAUGUUAUUUGUCAUGGUGGAAUUAAUACUAUUAAUGAAUUGGUAUAUUUUAAAAUACCUAUAGUAGGAAUUCCACUUCAAGGUGAUCAGAGUUCUAAUUUACAAAGACUUGUUGAUCUAAAUGUCUGUAAAUUGAUAACGAUUCGUCAGGUAUGGAAUGGUGAACUUAAAAAACUACUACAAAUUUUUGAAGAUAAUCUUAAUAGUUUUCGGGAAAGAUCAAAUAAAAUUGGAAGUAUGGUUGAAUUUCAUAAAUUAUUUUUAAAAGAUGAACAAGUAUUUUGGAUUCAAUGGAGUAGAAGACAUGGUAAAAAAUUACAUUCAAAAUUAGAUCAAAAAUAUUUUGAUAUGAAAAUGAAAAGUACAAUUGAAAUGUAUAUGCUUCAAGAUGUAUUAAUAUAUUUAACAUUUUGUAUUAUUAUAACAAUUAUAUGUUAUAAAAACUAG